UCGCGCACUUUCUGACGUAAUCGGUGAUGCGUCAACCGACCGGAAAAAGAGUCGCAACGGGGAGGAAAAAAAAGAAGAGGAAAACAAGAUGGCAGCGGGCUCGGAUCACGGGCUAAAGCGAAUAGUUUGGAAAAGGAUAAAAGACACAAUAAUUGCAGACUGCAAAAAAUCUGAAGUAUGGAAGAUACUAAUUUUGGACCCAUUUACCGCCAAGCUUCUCGCGUCAUGCUGCAAAAUGUCAGAUCUGUUAGAAGAAAGAAUAACAAUUGUGGAGGAUCUGUACAAAAGCAGAGAACCUGUUCCUGAAAUGAAGGCCAUCUACUUCAUGACGCCGACCUCCAAGUGUGUGGAUGCCUUCAUAGCCGACUUCAAGCCCAAACCUAAAUACAAAUCAGCUUAUGUUUAUUUUACAGACUACUGCCCAGAUGACCUGUUUAACAACAUGAAGCUUUACUGUGCAAGGUACAUACGUGUCUGCAAGGAAAUAAACAUUUCCUUCUUACCACAAGAAGCACAGGUGUUCACGUGUGACAAUCCGGGGGCUUUCCGAAGAAUCUACAGUCCUCACAGCCAGGACAAAAGGAGGACACUGGAGACUCUGGCGGACCAGCUCGUCACUCUGUGUGCCACGCUGAACGAGAACCCGGGGGUCCGAUACAAGAACGACAGCAACAUGCCGAACGCCCAAACUCUGGCAGAGCUGGUGGACAACAAGCUGGCCAGACACUACGAGCUGGACGACACCGGGAAGAAGAAGGAGAAAACCCCGGCCCAGCUGCUGAUUGUAGAAAGAGGUUUCGACCCCGUAAGCCCCAUCCUCCAUGAGCUCACCUACCAGGCCAUGGCCUACGAUCUCAUUGAUAUCCAGAACGACACCUACAGGUACAGGUCCAAAGACGGCUCGGAGAAGGAAGCUCUGCUGAACGAGGACGACAUGCUGUGGGUGAAGCUCCGGCACAGACACAUCGCUGAGGCCAUAGAACAGAUCCCCAAGAUGGUGAAGGAAAUAUCCGCCAGCAAGAAGCAGCCCGACGGGAAGAUCACAAUAAGCAACUUGGCACAGAUGAUGAAGAAGAUGCCUUCAUUCCGUAAGCAGCUGAACGAGAAAACGAUCCACCUGCAGCUGGCCGAGGACUGCAUGAAGCAUUUCUCAAACAAUGUGGAGAAACUCUGCAAAGCGGAACAGGACCUGGCUGUUGGUUCUGACGUGGACGGGGCGAAGGUCAAAGACCCCAUGAGGACCCUGCUGCCCGUGCUGCUUAAUCCGUACAGCAAACACGACAAGAUCAGAGCUGUGCUGCUCUACAUCUUUAGUCUAAAUGGAACGACGGACGAGAACUUGAACAAAUUUCUCCAGCACGUUAAAAUCGAAGACGAACGAGAGUUCAUCCUGAACUGGAAGGAGCUGGGCGUCUCCAUCAUCUCGUCGCCCAGUUUCUUUUCCCGCAAGCCGAGCCGACGCGAUCGAUCCCAAGAGGAGACGUACAACCUUUCAAGAUGGACUCCAGUCAUCAAGGACGUGAUGGAGGAUGCCGUGGAGAACAAACUGGACACCAGAGAGUGGCCGCACCAGUCCGAGUGCCCCGCUGCCUGGAACGGCUCCGGCGCCGUCAGUGCCCGCCAGAGGAACAAAACCAUUUCCCAGGACGAUCGCCGGACCGGCUCACGCCUCAUCAUCUUCGUCAUCGGGGGUAUCACCUACUCUGAGAUGCGCUGCGCCUACGAGGUCACCCAGGCGGUAAAGUCCUGCGAGGUCAUCGUAGGGUCUUCUCAUAUUUUGACCCCCACCAGUCUUCUGGAGGAUAUUAAAGCGCUGAGCAAAGGUCCAAUGGAAACCUUUACAAUCGAGUGAAGAAGCAACGCCACGCUACACUCAACUGGGCUUCCUGAUGGCGUCACUAAAGGGAAUUUGCUUGUAGCUUAACUUCCUCUGGUUCUUUUCUUUUGCUUUAUGCAGAUUUGCAGUAGCAGGUAUGAGGACGAAUUUUCUUUACGUUUUCAUUUUACUAAAGGAUACGACCUGCCUCUAGUGUAAGUAACUUUAUAACAAAAUGGAUCAAUUUUAUAAUUAACUAACCUCGUUCUACUAAAGCAAGCUUUUGUUAAAGAAAGUAUCUAUAAUGCAUUAUUCUGCGGACAUUUGUCCUUAAAGAAAGGUGCUGAUAAUGUUAUAAGUUGAACAGCCUGUGAUAAUAAGGAUUUAGUUGUGGGAAAAUAAAAGCACAAAGCUGCUGUAUAUACUGUAUGUAUGCACUGAGUUCCUGCUUUGCCAUUUUGACUUUUCUGAUGACCGCUUAUUAGAAACACUUACUGUGAGUGUUUUUUUUAUAUAUAAUUAUUUACAUGUUUCUGGAUUGAACAACUGACUAAUAAAUGGAUGAAGUGGUUCAACCUUUCACAACC